AUGGUUGCCUCACACCAUAUGGAUGGGGAAGCUUUGGUUUGGUACCAAAAUGGUUUAGACUCGAGGCAAUUUAAUUCUUGGGAGACCUUGGUGGUAGCUUUACAAACAAGGUUUGGACCAUCCUCAUUUGAUGAUCCUAUGGAAGCUCUGACUAGGUUGAGACAAACUUCUUCUGUGAGUUUGUAUACUUCUCAAUUUGAGGCAUUGACUAAUAGAUUCAGAGGCUUAUCUGAACGACACAAAAUGAGUUGCUUCAUUAGUGGAUUAAAAGAUGACAUUCGAAUUCCUGUUAAAAUGUUUAAUCCAUUGAAUUUGGGGGCUGCUUUUGGUCUGGCUAAGUUACAGGAGGAAUAUGUGUUGUCCUCUAGAAAAUCUUGCAGGCCUACUAAUCACUAUGCUGAUAAGUGGCCAAUUAACACCACUGCUCUUAAUGACUCAGUUUCUCAGAGUCCCAAAGGCUUGUUGCCUUUUAAGAAGGUUAAUCCUUCUCAUAUUGAUGAAAAGAGGAAGAAAGGCAUGUGUUUCCAUUGUGAAGAAAAAUGGAAUCCGAAUCAUGUGUGUAAGAAACCAAAAGUCUAUUUUAUUCAACUUGAUUCUGAUAUAGAAAGCCAACCAGAAGUUGAGGAGUCUGAGGUUUCUAUUCAUGAAGAGCCUAAGUCUGAUGAGGGUGAUAGCUUGGAGGUUUCUGUCAAUGCUAUUUCAGGUUGUAUUGGGGGUAAUGCUAUGAGGUUGCAUGGUUAUGUGGGCUCUUGUGUUGUUGAAGUUCUGGUUGAUUCAGGGAGCACACAAUUUUUUGGACCCUGCAGUAGUUCAAGUAGCAAAGCUGAAAGUUCAGCAAGAUUCUUGUUUGCAAGGGGUUGUGAUGUUGUACUUGGGGUCGAAUGGUUGAAGACAUUGGGCUCGAUUACUUGGAAUUUCUUGGAUAUGUCCAUGAGUUUUACUUGGGAGGGUCAAGCCAUUAAAUUGAAGGGCUUAACUUCUGCAACUGUUCAAAUGUUGGUUGGUGCUAAAGGCUUCAAGUCUGAUUUCGUGAAUAAGCAAGGUUGGUUAUUCCAAUUGAUGCUUAUUGACCAUGAGCCUACUAAGAUGUGUGUUGAAGGACCAGUGUCUGCAUUGCUUGAGGAGUUUGCUGAUGUUUUCGAGGAACCUGUUGGACUGCCACCAAGAAGAGAAUUUGACCAUCCAAUUAACUUGAAGGAAGGGGCUUCACCUGUUUCUGUUAGACCUUACAGGUAUCCUCAUUACCAGAAGUCUGAAAUAGAAAAGAUUGUUCAUGAAUUGCUGCAGUAUGGUGUGGUGAGACCUAGCCAGAGUCCAUUUUCUUCUCCAGUAUUGUUGGUUAAGAAAGCUGAUGGUACUUGGCGUAUGUGUGUUGAUUAUAGAGCUCUUAAUCAGGAAACUAUCAAAGACAAGUUUCCAAUCCCUGUUAUAGAUGAAUUGCUGGAUGAAUUGUUUGGGGCACAGAUAUUUUCAAAACUGGAUUUAAGAGCUGGAUAUCAUCAGAUUCGAGUAAGGGAUGGGGAUAUUGAAAAGACAGCUUUUAGAACCCAUGAAGGCCAUUACGAAUUCCUAGUCAUGCCAUUUGGCCUUACCAAUGUACCUGCCACCUUUCAAGGGUUGAUGAACCACAUUUUCAAACCUUUUUUGAGAAGGUCAAAGUGUAAGUUUGGGGUACAUGAGAUUGAGUACUUGGGACAUAUUAUUUCUGGGAAGGGUGUGCAGACAGAUUCUUCAAAAACUGCAGCUAUGGUUGAAUGGCCCAUUCCUAAAACCUUGAAGUCAUUAAGGGGCUGUGAGCAGUCCUCCUGUGUUGAGAUUGCCAAAUUUCAAUAA